GGGCAAACGGAAGACCGUAGACGGUCCAGAAAGGAAUUUGCUCCACUCCGUAUCACCUACGUGUCCAGUUACGAAUGUCCAAGGUGCUAACAUGAUGGCAUGAAUCAGUGCUAGUGUGUAGUUGGGUGGGAAAAGUCAAAAAGUGUCAAUCGAAUAAAGGAAGGAAGGUGCUCUGUGUGAGGGCCUUCUCCUGGAACGUGUGUGUGAUCAGUCGCAUGUGUGUGGCUGGUUUCAACCCUCUGUCAUGUGCGAUGCACAUGUUACCCUCGUCGUUCGCAAGCGUGUAACGGUGGCAGUAGGUGCAAGUGUUUCCGGAAGUAGCAGUGCAACGACUCAAGUGCCGCUGGAAAGCUAGACCGGCAGAGGCUGUGUGAGAGAGAACGAGCGAGAAGGAAAAAUAAAGAAAAGCGCAUCACAUACCGCCACGAAAGUGUGUGCAGUGAAGGCAAUCGAAGGUGAAAAUCCGAGAGCCUUGGUCGAAGUGGCGCAACAAUGGUGUCCAUUAUAAAGAAUCAACUGCUCAAGCAUCUUUCCCGCUACACGAAGAACUUGUCGCCGGACAAGGUAAACCUGAGCGCAUUCCGGGGCGAAGGUGAACUCUCCAACCUGCAGCUGGACGAGAAUGUGCUGACGGAACUGCUGGAGCUACCGGCCUGGUUACGGCUGACGUCCGCCUGGUGCAAUCAUGUCUCGUUUCGAAUAUCCUGGACCAAGCUGAAAAGCACACCGAUUCUGCUGACACUUGACGAGGUGAACAUAACGAUAGAAACAUGCGAAAUAGCGCGCAGCGGAACACCAACAGCCGGGCUUUCCAGCCUGGCGGUACCUCAGGGGAAAUACAGCUUUAUACACAAAGUCAUCGACGGUAUCACGAUCGCGGUGAACACGGUGAACGUGAAUCUAAAAAGUCCCGCCUUUACCGCCUCGGUACAAAUGUCGCGAAUACGGGUGGAAUCCCGCACGCCCAAGUGGCUGCUCGGCGAUCUGCGCGUGACAAGACUCAAGGAUCCAACCCGCGGCAUGAUACUGAUCUUCAAGGAACUGUCCUGGCAGACGGUGCGCAUCGAAGCAAGCAGCACCCAAGACCUCAACCUCACACCGCUGCGCCUCCUAACGAAUCAGGCACGCUGCCGCAUCACGAUCAAGAAGAGGCUAACAGAUUGCAGCAUCGUUGCUAGCCGGUUGGUGCUGAUUCUGGACGAUCUGUUGUGGGUGCUGACGGAUUCACAGCUCAAAGCGGCACUCCAUUUCGUAGACUCACUAACCGGCCUAAUCAAAGCUUCGACAAAUGUGGUGCAGCGGGUAAAAGCACAGAAGAAGCUGGAAACGCUCCCGGAGUAUCAGGCACAGCUGGACCAAUCGAAGAAGGUACCGGACACGCAGCAGUUGUCGGCCGCCCAGCGUUAUUUCAAUAUCUACGAUAUGCGGGAAACGUCGUAUCACUUCUUCAGUCAGCGCAUCGAUCUUCACCUGUGUGAUGACGCCGGUGUAGGACGGUCCAGCCAUCCUAGCCUAACGGACGGUGGAGCAUUGCAGAUAUCUGUGCAGGGCUUCCAGAUCGAUUACUACCCGUACCAUUUGGCGAAAGCCGAUCGAUCCCACUGGCCAAAAUAUCGUGAGGCAAGCAUACCACCCGCUCUCUGGCUGGAGCAAUCACUAAACACCUUCAGGGAAGCCAUUCUAAACCUAAGUCAACCAAAUCGACCACCGCAGCAUGCUUCAUUGGAAAGAACAACAAACUUCGGUCAACAGCCAGCGGCACCCGCAUCACCUGCACCGAUGGGACAUCAGCGUGGCGCUAGUACGGCAGGCGUCAAUGGCACCAAUCAACCCCCAGCCCAAUCCGUUCCCGGUACACCAAACAGUGGCAGCAGCCAUAGUACUGUUUCACCGAUGAAAAAACACGUCCUAGACAAUCUGGCAAAGCUAAUGUGUGCCUGCGUAGUGAUGAAAAUUGAAGAGUUUACACUGUACCGCGUGACGACGUCCGGGAACAAGCAGAUGCCCAAAGAGUUUGUUGCUGCUGAUCGAGACAGAGUACCACCGGAUAUGGCUACACUACAUGCGGAAUUUACGUACUUCUACUAUCCUGGAGACUUUGUAUUUCCGUUACCACCCUCGAAAGCGUUCGUUCACAUCAACCCCGUACAAGUGCACUUCCACCUGGACAGUCUUCUAUGGCUGAGCUCGUUCAUACUGAACCUGCACGAGAGCCUUCUGCGCACGAACAACGUCACGAGCGGCCUCAACUCCCCGUCCACCCCUUCCAGCGCGUCGGACACCGAACAGCAGCCCAACAUAAUGUACAUGGACGUGAAGGUGGAAUGUAUCAUGCCGCGGUUAAUAUUUGAAGCCGCACCGGGCGCACCCCAGCAACGUGAUCGACCAAAGGCAAUGCACGUGGAGGUUUCCCGCUUUGCGCUGACCAACAUCCGUGAGACGGGUUCGUCACGGGCGGAUCUUGCCCAAGCGAUAUCGUCGCUGCAGGAGGGUAGCCUAGUGUUCGGUUCCGGAUUUCCUUCGAAACCGGGCGAUUUGUGCAUCGUUACCGAUCGGAUACUGUCCCACAUAGCGGCAACGGAUGUGGGCGGUGGUUUGAACGGUGCGGUGCUAAACGGAGGCGAUGGGCUACAGUCGGCUUUCAGUAAUCUUACGCGUUACGCGACGUGGCGGGAACCGCGGGAUGUAUGGUGCUUGAAGCUGGAUCCGGUUUGGGUGGAGUUUUACGGCGCUCGUUCGAUCGGCCCAAGCCGAGCGAUUCCAUUUGUCGAUGCGGUACCGGUAACAAUUUGGUUGCAUGGGCGCUCGGAUGAAAUACCCGAACUAAUCGCACCGGAAACCAUUGUUGGUGGUGCAGAGCGAAGCGAUGGUGGCAAGCGCAUUCACAAUAGCAAUAUUUCCAUUUCGAACAAAUCGAGCGAAAGCAGUCUCGUCCUGUCCGUUAACAGUUUAAAACAAUCACUAGAUUUAGAGUCAACGCCACUCGGUAGCAGCUACUGGAGUGGGCCCGGCGGUACGGUGAUGGAUGAUGAAAAGCGCAAACGUUUUUCUACCGCUUCUGUACAGGGGUCCGAAGCGAGAACCCAACCGCAACUACCCACAGCAUUCCCAUCGGUCGAGGCGGACAGUGAGACGGACAAUCGGACGGCCGAUCUGCAUGUCAUCGCCCACGUUUCCAACCUAGUUAGUGUUCAAAUCGAUCAUUAUCAGUAUCUGUUUUUGCUUCGGUUGGCCGAAGAGUUGACCGAGCUGGCCACCUUUCUAUCGCUGGAUUCGAAGCGUAUUUUGCAAGCGGCAAAUACGGAAAAAUCGAUUAUUGUUGGCUGUGUGAUACCGCAGGUGGAAGUUUCGCUCGUGAUGCCUUCCCAAACACCCGGCAAAGAGUCUAGCGGAGGUGACGGUGAAAGCGUAUUACCAGACUCGGCCAGUUUAGGUUCAGGGUGGCCAAAUUCGAUGGACCAAACAAGAAAUUCUAACAUUUUUAGCAGUACCGAAUGUCCCUCCCCAAUCGCAACAGAACCACCGGUGGAAGUACAUCACAUUUCCAAUCCCAAUACCCACGGACACAAUGUACAGAUACAAAGUAUACCGACAACUUCCUCCACGUCGGGCGUUGCCUCGGUUGAAACGCCAUCCUCUUCUUCGGUCAUUGUAACUGCUCGUACGGUCGGAUCCGCGAAUGUAGCGAUCCCGAUUCAGGGUCAGCAAGUUGUAGUGCAGCCACAAUCGAAGGCGCGCAAUUCUACCACCGACUCAUCAUUCUCGAAGGAUAUCAACUCUGGUCUCAGCUCCAUGAAGAAGGGCUUCUCGCAUCUGAUGACCUCGAUCGAUUCCGCGCUCAAGACAAACACGUCGGACGACAUCAGCGAUACGCUAUCGGUACAGUCGGAUCUAAGCUCCGAUUCGGAACUGCAGCGUGUCCUGGAGGAUACGGAAAAGACGACCGAUUGCUUGGACGCCAUGUUUAAGUUGUAUCCGUUUGGGCAGGAAAGCACAAUCAAAAUGGCUCCGAUUGAGGUGGCCAGCGAGGUGUGCGAAGAUCCGUUCCUGACAAACAUGUCCUCUCCGUCCGAUCCGUCCGAAAGCAGCAGUCUUAAGCGACGAGACAUUGUAUCAAUGGUGACGUUUAGAUUGACCACCGUGGAGGUGAUUCGCCAAAAUGUUGGAAAUGGAUCGUCACUCCGGUUGCAAGUAUCCGCAAUAAGCUGUGAUGAAUGUGGAGCGAUACCGUGGGACGAAUUUCAGGGUGGCCACCGUAAGAGCAAGACCAAGUUCGGAACUAGAUGUAGAGCAUGGAACAUUGCACCGCAUAAUCCGGAAGCACCGCCUUGUGUUGCGAUUAGAUUAGAGGAAGAGCUCACCCUGCCGGCUGAUUCGUGCAAAAUUACUGACAAGAAGACUAUCCUGAGCUGGUUUAAGCGCAAGCUGAACGUGGAGGUAAAAGAUAUCGAUCUGCAGCUGUCGAUGAGCACCGUCGUGGGUUUGGGAGAUCUGGCUGAGGAUGAAAUGAUACCGACACCGAUACCGAUGGAGGUGAUGGUGGAGAAUGUGAAGGUCAAUCUGAUUGAGGAUCGGCCGCCGGUGAACAUUACCUCGCCCGGUUCGUUGCCCGUAAAUUUAGCCAUCGGACGGGUGCUGCUGACUCGCGACGAAGCGGGUGUGUUCUACGUGCAACCUACGUUCGGUAGCAAAGCGGACGACAGCGUGGACGGUGGCAAACGGAAGCUGAUUCGUUCCGACACCGAGGUUAAGCGCGAACGCGAUCGUGAGGUAAAAUCCCUGCACCUGGUGCUGCAGCAGCUGAAACAGGACAAUGACAGCCUAAAGAAACAACUGACUGACAAUGAGCGAACGUCGGAAAGCAAUAGGAUGAAAGUGCGACAGGAGAACGAAGUACUGAGAAACUACCUGAAAGCUGCCCAGGAUGAUAUCACUACACUGCUUGACGAGAAGCGCACCUUAAUGGCGACGAUCAAGUCGCUACAGGAUCAACUGACUUCGUUGAGUGACGUGCAGCUGGGUCAGCAGGACGGCAAAAGAUAGCAUAACUGCAUGGACUGUAUACAGUGCUGCGGCGAAAAUCCAUUCUAAACCGGUGCCGGCAUCGUGCCCGGUCGGUGUGGAGUGUAGACUCUUUGAAGAAGGCAACGGGAAUGACCAUCUGCCUCGAUGCGCCUUCUUUAGAGUACUAAAUAUAAGGUGGUAAAGUAAAUGGUGGAUUUUAGUCAACAAGCAAGACCGGACAACGUCUAUUGUAGUUUGUUCCAGCUUUUCACGUCUUUAGGUUCCUAUUCUGGGCUAGUUAGGAAUUGCUCCAAAGGGACAAUGUUUUAUCAUGUUACUGUUUCUGUUUGUGGGUUAUAUUUGAAUGGAGGAAUUAAAUGUUAUGUGAGUGGUAUUGGUCGUUUAAAUUUGAUUGGCACACACACAGAAACUCGAAUGAAGGAAUGCUAUUUUAACACCAGGCAAUAACACGAAUGUAAUUGUACGUUAGGCCGUGCUAGCUAGUCUGCAUCAUCAUACUUUACCCCACCGUUGUAGCAUGUAUGAGUAAACAGUCUCAAUGAUGGAUGAACCGUCUACAUAUAAGUGAUCAUGAUCACCAUUCUUUUAUCAAAGUCCUUAAAGUAUGCUUAAAAAGUAUUCGGUGAAAAACGGUUGUUAUUCUGUUUAUUAUUAUUGAUUUUGAUUUGUUACGAAACGGAGAAAAAACCAAAUGCCAAUGCGUUAUUGCCAUGAAUUGAAUGAAUUCGUUUUAAAAGUGUUCAACCAAAAUACAGCAAAAGGAAAGGUAAUAUACGCAUUGUACAUUGUGUGAUGCACAACAAAUCGCAACUUGCUAGCAAUAACAAAUACUGUGCGUGCGUGUAAAAGCUAUGCUUUACCGAGCAAUAGGGAACGACGAGAAGGCACUUGGUAGGUGAAAUUUGUUGUCUUACUUAAACACCCAUUCCUUCCAAAACACGUUGUGAGAUAUAAUGCACUACUACCGUUACAUUCUUCUUUAGCAAUAGCGUGAAAUAGGGAAACGAUUCAGCCAAGAUUGUGUGUGAUAUUAAUUUUACCUGCCCUUUGUUUUGCUAUCGUAUGUCCCGUACUAAUCUAAGGCCAGCUUUAAACAGAAAUGAAGCUGUUUGAAUAUCCGUGUUGAGACAACAGAAGCGUUGUGUAGGAUAGUUAACCAUUUUCCGUACAAGCGGGGACAAACAUGAGAACAGUCAACAUAAAUACAUAUAUUUAGGGUAGGAUUUCGCAAUACACAAACAAAUGGUGCGGGGACGUUUAAGGUAAUGUUGUUCCGUUCGCGGUUAAUGUUCAGUACAGUGUUAGGGAAAUGGUAACAAUGCAAACAGUGCUAGUUUGUGUAAGUGAUAUGAUGAUGCAACUAUUCCCUCAAAAGUGCAACUGUGCAUGGAUGAGUGACAGGUUUUAGUUAACUUUUUCUCUCGUGAUACACGAUCAACCCUUAUCCUCUCGUUAGCUAGUUCGUUGUACAAAAGGAUGGUAUGUGUGGAUAUAUUUUGAAGUACCAGAUCGGAACGAAUUAUACAAAGCAGACAGGCACUAGAAUAGGAAUGAACCAAAUAUAUUAUACACGCGCGACAUACAAGGGAGUAGAUGCAAAAUGGGAUAGGGUUGUCAGGUGUGUUCGCCCUAUUCGCCAUUAAAAAAAUUAUAAUCGUUUUCAUAUUGUUCAAUGAAGGCAAGUGACCGAUUGUACGAACCGAGCAGCAACUUAGAGCGCUUGCAUACAGGAGUUGGAGGUUAGGCAAACAUUGUUUAUCUCACGGUGAGCUCAGUACUUUGAUGGAUGAACUUAACGAUCAGUUAGAUGUUCCACACACAGAUGACACCAUGUUAUUUCAUAAACUAGAACGGAGAUAGAUUAGACUGAACAACUACGGGAUAUACUUAUCUCAUAACGUAGAAGAGAUUAUGGUUGUCUAUUCGGAAGGAUUCAAGAAACAAUGAGCAGGACUCCCCUAGACUAGACUUUAUGGUGCUCCUUGGGGAGCUCACCAGGUUAGUUAGAAUAACAACGAUGGGUGGCCGGACGAAUAGUGAUCACUAUCUUCAAGGUCUUUUGAUACCACGAAUGGUCUGUUUAUCUAAAAAGAAGAACCCCCCUAUACAUCGUGGUGCUAGUAAGGACUUUUAAACUCUGCCAACCAGUCACGGCACGGCUGAGAAGCUGAAGACUUUAUCGAACAAUCAGAGUUAGACCUCAUACCUUGGGGACAUUGAUUUCGAAGUUAUGUAGAUGUGAACGCAUACUUCGGUGAAACACGCCCCAAUGUACACUCCUGUAGCAGGUCAAGAUCGCAAAGCGGUUGCAGUGUCCCAUACGUACAUUCUUCUGUAGUUUCUUUAUCAUUUCUGUAAACAAAAGAAAAAACCCCUUUAUAAAUGAUAUUGAGCAUUGAUUGAUUGCACGUUCAAACGGAUGCGCACGGCACUACGGAAGGACGACAACGGGCACGGAAAGACUUCGAGAAAUAACUUGUGCUUAAAUGCGUACACUAAACAUACAUCAUACAUUUACACUAUCGGUCAUAAGAAAAGGUGAAUUGUUUAAGGCAAUAUGUAAGAAAAGAGGAAAAAAACAUGUGAUUAGUGUGGAGGAAAAUGGCAUCAAUAUACAUAAACGUUCGUGUUCAUACGAGGAAACCCGGAUAUCAUCCGGUACAUUAUUCUGACCAUCCCGGUUUGCAAACCUCCCGCAUUAAAGCACCAUAAUGGAGGAUCGUAAUUCUUUCUUUCCGAAGCAAACAUUCCCCAACCCACGUACACCGAAUUGUAAGACCUUUUAAACUACCGAAAACUCACCACAUGUAUGCACACGCAUCACACGUACACACCGAGAGCAGGAAAUGUCGAACAUGGCUGGCAGGCGUAACACCCAGAAAAGUGUUACAUAAUAGAAACAUAUUUACCGAUUAUAACAGUUACCUAUCUAUUGGAUUCAAUAAAGAAAACACACACACACACGGAAACCCA